GGGAAAGAGAGAGUGAGAGAGAGAGAGAGAGUCCGUCCCAGAGAGAGGAAGAAGGGGGAACUCUGAGGAGCUGAAAGGGGGCAGUACAAACUAGCCGCGAGCCUCUCACACACCGACCCACCGGAGUACAGGUGGUAGUGUUCCAGACCCCCGGGGGACACAGGGCCAGCGGAGAUCAGCCUCUCGAGACAACAGCAGCUUUACUCUACCCUGAAUCCUACAGCACCAUGUUUUACCAAACACUCAUUCAAUAGGGACUGGAGAGACAGAUCACACAGACUAACAGUUGAAAUAUCACCCAGACUGGAUAAACAACCUAUUCCCCUUAACAUAGACAUUGUAAUCUCCCCCCGAAACAACCUAAAUAAACCAACUGAACUCUGCUGCCUGAGCCUCAGCUCUAACGGUAAGGAAGCCAUCUGGAUGAGAUAUCGGCCAGCGGAGCUCGGCGAUCCUGACUGCUCUUAGCAGUGACCUUUCUAGAGUGAAAUGGUGUUUCUCACUUCGUCCGAACCAAACAGCAGGACGCUUUGAAACAUUUCCACCACUGUCACCCCCCUUCUCGUUGUUGUUGAGUAAUGGUCUCGUUGUUGUUGAGUAAUGGUCUUCCAAGAUAAAGAGCUGCUCGCUUUCUCAACACGAAAAAUUAUCUGUCUAGUAGAGAUUGCAAUGCAGUCAACAGGCAUGUUUUGGUGGCUGGACUAAGAAAUAAAAACAAAAGAAAGAUUUGAAAGAAAAAGGGGUGAGGAAGAGACGAGAAGCGUCUGGGUUUUUGGAGAAAGAAAAAGAUUGAGAGGGAGGGAAGACAGACACAAACAGAAAUAGGAAUGUUUUAUCAGUCUUUCUUCUUUAGCUGGAGAUCUGCAGUAGAGCACAUCGUUAUUGUGAAAGCGUCUUGGCUGUGGUCCAUGGGAACUGAUCCAGAGUGCUCUGUGUCUGUGGAACUCCCAGCCUGCUUUAGUCUCCCGGGAGGUCCCUGAUACUGUUUCUGGUAAGUCCUGAGUAAUACUGUGUAGUAACAGUGUGUCAGAACCAGAGGAACAGCACACUUCUCCCGUCCGUCAGCCUCCCUCCCUGCAAGCUACAAGACUAAAGGAAACAUUAAGGAGGAUUACUACAGAAAGAGAAAUGUCCAGCGGUAGGAGAAGCAAUAUGGACAGCUAAGAUUCUCCUUAUCCCCACUGGUGAUUCCCUUUUUCUCUCCAAACGCUCCCCAAACGCUCCCCAAACGGUGUUCCUCAAACUGACAUACAGACCAAGCCAGGCAGGGCUGCAGACAGUCUGGGUAGAAGAAGAGACAGAAACUGUGGAGCAAACCAGAGGAGAACAAGAGAGGCUCCAGAACUCCCCAGCAGAGCAGCAAAGCUCCCCCAGAUCGAGGCACCUUCCUGGGGGUAGAGAUGGAGACGGAGAGGGGUCAUAUGUCUGUGAGGAGGGGGGUAAGCUGGAGCCCAGGUGGGGGGAGGAAGUCCCUUCAGGGGGGCCAGGGCAGGGAUGUGGACACCGGCAACAGAGAGAGCAAUGCAUCUUGGGAGAAGCGGGACAACAGAGGAAUCAAAGGACAGGUGACAUCGACCUCCACCAAUCAGCUGGCUCGGAAAACCAACCUGACACGUAGCGCCAGCCUAUCAGAGAAGGAGUUGAAGGAGGCGAGGGUGAGGUCACAGAUCAUCGCUGCCCAGUUGACCAUCCCGUCUGGCUGCUCCAACUCCCGCGGAGUCCAGCUCUUCAACCGCCGCCAGCAGAGAGUCAACGCCUUCACGCUAGAGAGCUGCGGGGAAAGAACGAGGGAAGAGGAGCGAGAGGAGAGAGACGGAGACACCAGGAACAACAACCUGACAUGGGAAGAAGAGCGAGGGGGACCUAGUGAGGGGACAAAGACAGACAGACAACUGAACUGCAGCGGGAUAAAACAACCACUCUGGUCGCCACCCUCUGGAAGUGAGGUCACCGGAAGUGACGUCAUGAAGGACCCAGGUGACGAGCACAUCUACGAGGAAGUGGAAACAGUGACACAGGAGAGACACUUCAAGCCGGUGAACGAGAGACAAGGGGAGGAGGAAGAGAGGAGUGGAGAGAGAGAAAGAGAGGAAAUAUACGAGGAUAUUGAGGGUGAAGUGAAGGAUGAGAUUAUGUCAGUAAAUGAAAACAACACCGGUCCAGUCAGAGAGGAAGUGGGGAUGAAUAGAGGGUCAUACACAUACCCCACAGCUCCCCCUGAGACCCGUAAUGGCUUCCACAGCACCCAGGGCUCUGCUGGAGAGAUCCAUAAUGGAGGCCGAGUUUCUAUGUCCCUGUCCAGACAGGCCCCCACCAUCGUCAACCGGACAGCCAGACCCUUCUUCUCCCCGCCCACCGUACAACCCAAGUCCCCAGAGGCCAGGAGUCCCGUCAUGGAUAACAACAUACCUCCAGCUCCCUCUUAUCCUACCCCAACUCUUCCCCCAGCUUCCUCAGACUCCACUCCCCCUCUCCCUCCUUUCACUGCCACUCGCCCCGUAGCCUUCUCCCCUCCUCCCCCUCCUCCCUCAUACCCCAUGCCUCCUCUCCCAGCCUUCCCCAUCCAUCCUCCUCCUUCUCCCUCCCAGUCUCUCUCCAGUCCUCCAGCCAUGUCUACCGUCAUGUUCCCUAGAUCUACACCCGUCUCCCAGUACAACCCUGCUCCUACAGCUGCCCCAGUGUCCCAGUAUCUACCCCCCAACCCUCCUGUCACCCACAACAUCCCUCCUCCAAGUUCCCCCAGAGCCAACACCUUUGUCCCCUUCACCCCUCAGCCUAUUGGUCAACAGAACCAGCAGCAGCCAAUCAAAACGGGAAUCCUGGAGGAAGGGGCGGCGGCCAUCAGACGAUCGUCGACAGCCAGGAAGUCCAUGUUCACCUUUAAGGAGAAGCCUGUCAUGGCACCCAACCCUGAACUCCUCUCUCUGGUCCAGGGGAACGAUGAUAGGAAGAAGCACGGCCUCCGCUCCGUUCCCGACUCAGCCCCAGAGGAGGAGCUGCUGGCUCUGGGGGCCGAGGCCUCUAACUUCCUAGCCAGGGAGGAGGUGAAGGCGGAGGCUGCCAACGUGCCGGAGUGGUCCUCCUGUCUCAAGAGCUCCAGGACCAGGGAGCCCAGGGGGCAGCACCAGCCAGAGCAGAUCCUGACCAACGCAUCAGGGAAGGGGGCCGAGCUAUUCGCUAAGCGCCAGUCCAGGAUGGAGAAGUACGUAGUGGAGAACCAGAAUGUCUCCGGUGGUGGAGGUGGCCAGAUGAGGUCUCCGUCUCCCACCGCGUCUCUGCCGCCAUCUUGGAUCUAUCCAUCUAAUAUGCCUGGCCGGGUCAAAGCUAUUGCUAACAACACUGACCUCAGCGCCAGGCUGACCCGGACCCUCCAGACCCCUCAGCCCUCGAACAGGAGGCCCAGCCAGCAGGCUCAAACUCCGGCCCCAGUCCCCGAGGAACCACCCUUGGAGAACGGCUGCACCAAGAUAGAGAUGGAUCUCUCCAGGCACAAGCCCUACCAGCUCAACUCCUCCCUGUUCAUCUUCAACCCAGUCCAGGACUCUACCAGCACCCUGCUGAGCGCUCUGCCCCGGGGGGCCCCGCCACCACCUAAACCCCUGGUCUCAUCUGAGGCCUACACCAGGCAGGCCUCCCUGCCCUCCUCCAACCCUCCAUCACACAACUACAACAGCCUGCCCCGCUUCAGGCCUACCAUGUCCCCUUCACUUCAGCCCCCAUCAGGAGGAAUUGGAGGUGGGGAUAACUAUCCUCCACAACACGGGGGGACUCCACAGCUGAGGGACCCCAGGAUCACCUCUCCUGUCUCUGCCUUCUCUCCGGAGAGAGUGGCCUCUCCUCGGUCGAGCGUCCAGGCACCCAGACCCACCUUCUCUGCCAAGAGGGCAGGGAUCGAACCCCAGACGAGGAAGGAGUCGCCUCCAACCCCGACCCACACCACCCCCACUCCCACCAGGACACCCCAGUUCACCCGUCGGUUCAGCAGCCCAGAGGGACCCCCCACUCCCAGUGGGGUCCGGUCCCCUACCCCCCAGACCAGCAUGAAAUCCUCCUCCUCUUCCAGGCCCCACCACCAGGGCACCACCACACCCACCUCCCCUGUCUCCCCACCCUGGGAGACAAGGUGCCAGUCCCCCGCGGUGGUCAACCAGACCACCAAACCCUUCUCUACAGCCUCUUUAUCCAGGCCUAAACCAUCCACUACCACCUCACCUAUAUCGCCUGUAUCUCCCUGGGGGUCCCGCUGUCAAUCCCCUAACAUCAACCAGACAACCAAGCCUUUCUCCACCACCAUCCCCAACUCUUCCUCUUCCAGACCCUCUCACCAAGGCAACAUCACCUCUCCUCUCUCCCCCUCACCCCUGUCCCCUCCCUGGGGUUCCAGAUGCCAGUCUCCCAUCGUCAGCCCCAACAACUCCAAGGCAAACCAUCGCCUGUUAGCCAAGAACAUUAUCAACGCGGCCAAACGUAAAAACAGCCCGUCCCCAGGUGCUCUGAGCGGCCUCAAUCUCCCAAUCUCCCCACUAGGUGACAACACCACCCACCAGCACCACCAGGGCUACGACCACAGUAGCAGCAGCUCCAAACCCCCCCUUCAGCCCCUACCAGUCCAGGGCCAUGGGGUGCCAGUCCCCCCCCUUUGCCAGCCCUCCUCCCACCCCUACAGGGGUGAUCCGGUCCCCAGUAAGGCUCUACAACACCAGGUCCCUCACUGACUCGGAUGCUUCGGUGGAGUCGGAGGACUCUGGGUUGAGGUCUCCAGGACUACAGCGUACCCACAACACCUGUCCCCGGGGCUGGGGCGGCAGCCUGAGGGUGAAGAGGGGCAGUUUUGGCACCGACCUCUAGGGGGAGCCGGAGAGAGAGGGUCAGGAGAAAGGACCAUUAAGCGAAAUAAGAGAAAGAAAAAAAAAACAACAUUGAUAAAAGGGACUGGUGGGUUUCGGAUAAUUCUUCAUUUCAUUGACCUAUAGGAGCAUCUAAGAUGGAGUGCUCAGUGCUGCCUCACAGGGGAGGAAAGGACUUUGAAAGGAACUGACCUUAUGUGUUUGUUGCUUUGGGACAAUAAUGUUGACCACAAAGUAAAGAACCCGAUGCCCUUACAAUGCAGCUGGGACAUAGAAGCAAACUGUCUGGUGAUUUUAAAGUCAACUAAAAAACCCACUGAUUUAGCUGGCUGGCUUAUAGAAAAGUCCAGGACCAUCAAGCUCAGAGCUCAACAGUGGGAUUACUGAGAGGAGAUUGAAGGGACAAUUCACUGUUGCCUCUUCCUCUCAUUCUUACAUCUUAUAAAACACGUUAUACAUUUAUUUAAAUAAAAGGGAAGUGAAAGGGAUUCUAAAAUCCAGAGACUUGUCUGUAACUUUUGGAAACAAAAUGUGUUGUUGUAAUCAAGCAUUGCUGAAAUGUAAAACGAGCUUUUGACUUUGACAAGA